GACAAACAUGGGUAGGGACGAAUCCACCCCUCAAAAAAAAGCAGGGACAAAUGACACCCCCAAAGUAUCGAUUUGGUCAAAUCGAUCAUUAUCUAACGGGUGACGUCAUCACCGUCACGAUCUCCGUUACCUCGUGCUAGCGUGUCGUUUUUUCACGCGCUGGAUGCUGAUGUGUACGAAUCUCACUCUUUUUCACACACCGUGUCACCCUUUAUUCCUUUUUACUUGUCAUGGACCCAUUUAGCCCUAAAAAAGAAAGAAGGAAAACCUCCAUCUUCGCUCUGUUUUGCGGAUAUCUGCGCCCCAAUUCUGCGGGACCAAAUUGAAGUCGGAGAAUCGAGCUUCCGUUUGAGAAAAACCCAUAUCUAAGUUUGAGAGAAGAAGAAGGCCGACGGUAGUAGUAGCAAAAGGUUUGGCAUGAACAAUAACGAGCUUAAACAAGGCACUAUCACCUCGAGGAACGGAGAAGUGAUCGAGUGUCCACUCCAGCGCGUAGGCGCUGUGUUGGUUGUCAUCGACGGCAACAAUCAUCACUUGCUUCUCCGUCGUUUGAGAAAACCCAGAGCCUGGGUUUGCAGAGGUAUCAAGCGUCCCCCCAAUGCACAAAAAUGAAACCUAAUUUUUCAAGCAAUUCAUAUCAGAGUUGAUUAAGAUACCACCUAAUUUUUCAAGCAAUUCAUAUCAGAGUUGAUUAAGAUACCACCUAAUUUUUCAAGCAAUUCAUAUCAGAGUUGAUUAAGAUACCACAUUCCAAGAGAUUCAAGACACACAUAAAGCUUCACAUAUCUA